AAUUCUCAACUUCAAGUUUAAGGUCCAGUACUCCUCAACAGGCAUCAUCAUCUGCGAACACGAAUAGCUUUCGGGUAUCCCAUUCAAAUCAUGUGGGCGUGGACACCGUAGUUACUCUUUCUCGGCAGAUGCAUAUAGCACUCACGCUUUACUAGUAGGCAUCGUAUCCAACGCAACUGGCGUACUACAAUUACACGCCGCAAACAUGGGGACAGGCCCCACAAUGGCAGCCAUACGCGCCUCAACAACCUCAGCAAUAUCACCCUCAGUACCAGAUGCCCCUUCAAACAGUACAGCUGCACGCCGCGCCUGCCCAAUCGCAGCAACAUGUGGCGCCGCAGCCGAAAGCACGAACACCUACCCCACCACCGCCGCCUCCGCAUCGUUGCAACUGGGAUAUAAUCAUGAAGCAGUUCCUGCAGUCGGCAGGGCUUACACAAGCGCUGCGUGGCUUCGAGUCUGACAUGCUCGUAAUGAGCUCGGAGUGGGAACAAGAGAAAGUUCCUGCGGCGCUUUCUGUGCUACAUGAAGAUUUGAAUAACCUUCAUAACACUGAAGCUGAAGACGGCUCUCAGCCUUUUUCACUACCCGAAGCCUCUCUUGACGAACGCAAAUUAGAGCAUGCCAGUUUCCGGAAAGACAUUGAGCCUCGCACGCCCUCGAGGAUCACCAGAGAUAUCUCUCGCUUCCUUGCUCAAAACAGAGCCCGCAACGACCUCUCGAAUCGUAACGAGUUUUUACUCUCAUUGGCCGAGAAGAAACGUAAAGUUCGAGAAUCAAACUCGGAUGCGGAAACGAUUGGCCCUGAGCCUUCGUGUGCUCGUACAGACGCGAGGACACAGAAUCGAGACGUGCAGAUGAAGUACGACAUCGUCAAGAACGAGGAUGGUCCGCUCAGGAAGACUCUGAAGCGCGAACAGGAAAGCAAACCGUUGGAACCGAAAAGUGACACUCCUGAAGCCAAAACAGACAGCACGCCUACUGCAGAACGGUAUCCUGCACUCAGUGAGCGAUUGCACAACAUCGAGACCCAUGUUGCCGUUCGAUAUGCAUGGUAA